AUGAUGAGCGGGAGCCUGGUCCCCUGCGGAUCCCUGCCCCGGGAUGCCGUGCCGUUCCGCGCAUUCCCACGGGCCGGCCCACACCCCGUCCCCCGCCGGCCUAUCCUGCCCGAGCACCGCACCUUUGCGGUCGCGGAGGCCACGCACCUCAGGACGUUGGAGCCCCUGGGCUACUCCAACGCGCUGGAGAGGCUGGAGGCGGGCUGGGCCCUGUGCCCCCCUCUCCUCAUACCGGGGGAGGAGGAGGGAAGGGACGGCGAGGAGCGGAGGGAGGGCGAGCAGCGACCGCGCGAGAAGGAAUGGCCGCGACGUGCUGAGCCAAAGAAGAAGGCGGCGGAGGUCGCGCCUGCUCGCGACGCCUUUCUGGACGACUUCUCUGCCAUCCUGAGGGACCUGAGGGGCCUGGACACGGAGCUGGAGGCAUCCAACAGCCAGCUCCAGUCUGAGGUCAUGGGCGACGCCCUCACGGUGGGUGUGGUUGGCCGUGUGCUGGCGGUCGUGGAGGCGGACCGCAUUCGGUUGAGGAAGCAGGCCGCCGCCGGCGCAUCGAGCGAGGCCGGGUCCGACAGCCGCCGGCCCGCACUGCUGGACAAUGACGAGGAUGCGGAGGAUGGCGACGCGCCUCCCUUGACCGCCGACCAGGACGCCAACGAUGAGGAGGAGGGCGCCGCGACUCCGGCCGCCGCCCUGCGCGGCGACCCCUGCGCCUGUAUCGAGACGAUGCGCGCGGUGCUGGCCUCGGUGUCCUCCAAGCGCCUGCUCACCGCGGCGCAGGAGUGCGACCUGGGCGAGAUGGUCCAGGCGCGGCUGGGCCUGCUGGAGGUCCGCGCGCAGCUGCGCGCGGCGCGGGGCGAGGGAGGAGGGGGUUUGGACCCCCAGGCGACAUCCUCGGGCCCGGCUGCCGGCGACGACGGGCACGCCACGCAUGGUGCCGCACCUGCGCGCUCGCGCCCGGCUGCUUCUGCCAGCCACGGAGACCCUGCCGCCUCCAUCACCACCGCGCGCGCUCCGCCGGCGGUGUCGCCGCGCGAGUGGGCCGCGGCGGCGGGGCUGACGCCCGCGGAGCUCCAGAUGCGGCUGCACCUGGGCCUGCAGGCGCGGGAGAUGAUGGUGGCCUGCAACGCGCGCCUGGUGGCGGCGGCCGCACAUCGGUACACUGGGCGCGGCCUGAGCCAUUCCGACCUCGUGUCGGAGGGCAUGCAGGGCCUGCGCACGGGCGUGGAGCGAUUCGACCCGCGCCGCGGCUUCCGCCUCUCCACCUACGUCACGUGGUGGAUCCGUCAGGCCCUGGGGCGGGCCACCCAGGCCCAGGGCCGCCUCGUCUCCCUCCCCGUCUCUGUCGUCGACCGCUUCCGGCGCCUGGUCCGCGCCGAGGUGGUGCUGUGCGAUCAGCUGGGCCGGCCGCCCACCCAGGACGAGCUGGCCGCGGCGGCGGGCAUGAGUGCCAAGCGCCUGGUCCAGGUGCAGGCCGCCAUCCGCAAGCCCGCGGUGCUGAACGAGGCCGAGGGCGACCGCGACGAGGAGGGCGGCCUGCAGCCGUCCGCCGCCUUCGUCAUCGACUCCACGGAGGACCCCAUGCUGCGCGCCAUGCAGGCGCUGAAGCGCGUGGAGCUGGACGACGUGCUUCGCAGGCUGCCGCGGCGCGAGGUGUCGGUCAUCAAAAACCGGUUUGGGCUGGAGGACGGGCGGGAGCGCACGCUGGGCCAGUGUGGCACCUCCCACGAAGUGCACAUCACACGUGAGCGUGUGCGUCAGAUAGAAGCCAAGGCCAUCCACCGCCUGCGGUCCCCCUCGCGCUUCAAGCGCCUGGAGGGGGACUGGUGA